AGGCGUAGGGCAGAAUAGCAAGGCGAAGCUGCGAGUUUGCAGCACAAACGGAAAUUAUUUUCCUUUCCAUUUUCUCGGAAGCAAAAGGGCCGAAGCAAGUCACGUUUUUUGGCUCCGGUUUCAAUAUUAAUUGUUUAACCGCUCACACAAUCGCCUAGUUUGUGUGGGCGCGGUGAGUGGUGAAAGUUCGCAUCAGAAAUCGCAAAACAACAAGAGCCUUUUGUGGCAAGCCACGAUUGCUGCUGCAAAGCCAUGAAAUCAGAUAAUUUUCGUCUCAUAGCGGAGGUGGCCAAAAGGCGAUGUCUUUGGGACACCAACAUGUCCAUGGCGUAUCGCAAGGAGGACGGAGCAGCCCAGUGGGCAAUUGUGGCGGAGAUUUUGCAGCAGGAUGUUGUCACCUGCAAGAAGCGUUUUAAGGGCUUAAGGGACAGCUAUCGCGCCGAGAUACGCAAAAUCCAACAGAAACGAAUGGAAAUGUCCCACUGGACAUACUUCCGUUCCCUGGAGUUUAUGCGCCACAUCUUCGAUCCGGAACGUCUGGUGCCAUUUCCUCCGGAGGCCUACGAUUUGGAUGCCGAACAGCCGGAGGAUGACUGCGACACCACCACCCGACUGGUGGACUUUGCCAUCGAUGUGGAUCUGGACGAUGAUGACUCCGUUGACUUUGAGAUCAUUGGGGAUAUAUUUAAGAGGGAAUCCUCGUUGCCACAGGAUUCGGGAUCGGAUGGUGGCUCCCUGAUCAAGCCACUGGACUCAUCCACUGCCCAUCUGUCCGACCAUGAACCGUCGCCCAGAUUGAUAUCCUGCCCACCCAUGCACCUGCAUCUCAAGCCGCCUACGAAGAGGGUUCGUCGCCGAAAGCCCUCAUCUUUGUACGAUGUGUCCAGUUCCAACGGCAAGGCCACAUCAAAUCAUCCUGCCGAAGCGGAUUUGAAAAACGAUUCAGACUACAGCUUCAUGGUGAGCAUGGUGCCGCACGUCAAGACCUUGUCGCCCAUUGGAAACCUCAAGUUUCGCAUGGAGAUGGCCCGGAUUUUGGUGGAACUUCGGAAGGAGGAUCAGCAGGCGCCCCAGGGAAUGGCCGCUGGAGCUGGAGCCGUGGGAUUGCCAAGACUAACGCCCGCUCCCGACUCAAGUUUCACCUCUCAACUGGAUAAUUGCCAGCCCUACUGUAUCUCAAAUUCCAGUUACCUAAAUGGUAGCCCACAAUCCCCAUCCUCCUACGAUUAUGUGGACAGCUCCAUGAUCGAGUGCGAUGUCAAGAUCGAGAACGAAGCCUUGAUCUAAAGAUCGCAAUUCCAGCAUUCUACCAAUUAGCAAUCACCCAAAUUAUCUUACGAUUUUACAUUCAGUUUUCUAAAGAAAACUACACAAAUAUUAUUUCUGGAUUUGUAUGAACAGUACUUCUUAAAUAUAUAUUGAAGUUAUUAAUUCAACAAAUAUGUUUGUAUGUCAUAAGAAAGACGCAUUGUAUUAGACUAAUUUCCAUUUACGCAUUGCCUAAAAUUUUGCCAUUUUAAUAGGAGUUUGAAAAUAAUUUGCAACUGUUAAAGGUAAAACAAUAAACAAUUUUAUAAUUUAAGUUAAUUUUAUUAAAAAUAGGAAGAAAUAAACAUCGAAAAAUCUGAAGGAUGCUGGCGAAUAGAAAAUAUUUAUGUAAAAACUAGAUAGUUAAUACACAUAUUUUAGAGGAUAUUUAAUAUGGUUUCAACAGUCCUAUCGUUUUGGUACCAUUUUAAUAAAUCAUUUGUUUGAAGAAA